CCGGCUGCUGCUAUGAUUGGCCGCUGUAUUCAGCGCUUCAGCCUCCUUGAAUGAGAAAUAGGGGUAACCAAGCAACUUCAGUGCUGGAGAGAAGAAGAUAAAAAAAAAAGCAAAAAGAUGAUAGGGCUUUACGGGAUUUUCACAAUGAUGGAAGAAUUUUGAAGCUGUUAACAGAAGAAAGAAAUAAAGAGGCAGAGGCAAUGUGAUUUCACCUUGAGUGUCCGGCAAAUGGAAUUAACAAAUGGAUUUUCUUAAACGCGCUUCCUCCCUCUCUCUCCCUCUCUCGCUCAUUGAGGGGGGGAAAUAGAGCGCUCAAAUGAAGGAGACACAGAUGUGGAUUAAAACGCACAAAUGGGACACUUCAGAAAAGCAUCCACUGAGAAAAGUGCUCAGUGCAAGUGACUGUGAUGGGCUGUCAAACCACAUCUAAAGUACUCUACCAAAGAAUAAUAUCCACUCCUGACCUACUCUGAAGAAAAAUAUUUCAUUCGAUCAAUGUCGCAGUCUCCCCCGCAGGGGAAUUACUCUUGAACAAUAGGUGAACCCUAAGAAAAGAGCAACACUGGACCAUGUGAUUCUUGACCUUCAAAGAAAGAACUCAGGUGCACUCCAGAAGAUGUCAAAUCGGAUCUGAAGCAGCUCUCGAGAGGAUCGCCCAGCUCAUAAUUCAAGCACUUUUUCAUGUUUUGUUUUAUCAUUACUCAAACACCAUGGGCCAAAAGUGACAGAACGCAGUUAUUUUUGCUGGAUCUUCAUCUAAUGAGGAGUACCAGACAUCUCACCAUGGAUUUGAAGGAGAUUUUCUUCACCAAAGAGCGACAGUGAGAAACAUCAGAGUGGGGGGGGGGAUUGGACACUGGAGGCUUGGAGGAUUAGCUUGGAGUGCUGCUAACCCAUGGUGGAUCUGCUGUGAGUGGGGAAAGGGACUCAGCGGUGGAGGAUGUCAGCAGAGGCCGAACUCCAGCCGGGUGUCAAAACCAGCCAGCGAAAGGAGUCCAGGAGGAUCAAAGGUCAGGACCGCAGUGAGGCGGGGCUUAUUAAGCGUUUCCGCGGAGAUGGCGUGCGUUACAAGGCCAAGCUGAUUGGGAUUGAUGAGGUGACAGCCGCACGCGGGGACAAGCUGUGCCAGGACUCCAUGAUGAAGCUGAAGGGAAUGGCUUCCUCGGCACGUUCCAAAGGGGAGCACAAGCAGAGAGUCUUCUUGACGGUCUCCUUCGGCGGGAUCAAGAUUUACUGUGAAAGAUCAGGGGUGCUCCUUCAUCACCACUCAGUCCAUGAGAUCAGCUACAUUGCCAAGGACACCCGGGAUCAUCGCGCCUUUGGCUAUGUCUGUGGGAAGGAGGGCCACCACAGGUUUGUGGCCAUCAAGACCGCGCAGUCUGCGGAGCCUCUCAUCAUUGACCUGCGUGACCUCUUCACACUCAUCUACGAUAUAAAACAGCGGGAGGAGAUGGAGAAGAAGGCCCAGAAGGACAAACAGUGUGAGCAGGCAGUGUACCAGACUAUCCUGGAAGAUGAAGUGGAUGAUCCAGUUUACCAGUACAUAGUGUUUGAGGCUGGACACGAACCCCUCCGUGGCCCCCAGUCAGAGGAGAGCGUUUAUCAGGUCCCAACCAGUCAGCAGAAGGAAGGGAUCUAUGAUGUCCCAAAACGCCAUUUCAUGACUAAUAUCAACCACUUUGAUCUUUUCGGCGACAUGUCAACUCCUCCUUCGAUGCCCCCAUCACCUGCCAACACACUGGACCCUAGCAGGAGCAGCCGCCAGCAGCAACACACUCCUGCUGAGCUGUACGCCCCCUUCAGCCCCACCUCUGUGCCAUCAGGUUAUAUGACCAUGGGCCCUGUGCAGGCAGCACAGUGGGCUCAGCAGCCAUUUUCCGCCCAGGCUCAGACUCUGGCCUUCCCUGUGCAGGCACCUCUGCAGGUGGCUCAGGUCCUCCCCAGUGGUCAGCCGGUCAUCUGGAGCCAGGCCAACAUUUUCCCUGCUACACAGCAGCAGUGGGCAGCUAUGGCAGCCUACAUGCCGGCCCAGACAGUGGGCGUGGGGGGCCACGCCAUCCCAGCCGCCAUGCUCCAGGGCUUAGUACCCAUAACCACAAUGUGCCCCCAGGCCUGCGACCUAUCAGCCCCGUCCUCAGCCAUCACCAGCCCCCAGCAUACGGCCGACCCCACCCUGCUCCAGAAGCAGCUCAGCCUGGGUAAAGAAGGCCUCGACUCAGAUGCAGGUGAGGGUCCUUCUACAUCGGGAGCAGCUGUAUCAGUAGAACCUGGUGCUGUAUCAGCAGGGGUGAGCAGGUGCGGCACUCCAGGCCUCAUGAGUGUACCGGACACACUGGCCUGCAGUCAGCUCCUGCCACCUCCAGCUGCUGCGACCCAGGAAGAAGAAGGGAGCUGUAGCGACCUUGAUCUCUCUAGGAUGACUCUGAGCCCAGGUACAUCGACUUCACCGUCUACUGAGUCUCCAUCCACUCCAGCCCCACAGCAGAGCUCAUCUUCAGACUGCCCCCCUUCCCAAGGCAGUGACCCACCCACAGAUCACUCCCCUGUUGACCCUGAGGGCAACUCCAGCAACGCUAAGGAGGAACAAUCGAGAGCAGAGUGUCUUCUCCUCAUUCACAGUCAGUCACAACACACAAACAUGCUUUCUGUGGUGAUACAGAGCAGUGCAAUCAGUUUGCACAGUUGUCUACUCCACGUUACUUUGAGUUUGGUGCUGCUAAGCAGUAACGUUGCAGUGGCCACAGGAAGCAAUGAAGACCCUAGCAGUCGUCAAGCCCGGUCAGUGGGUGACCCAGUGGUAAUUCACCCAGUGGAUUGCAUUUUGUCAGAGUGGAGCACAUGGUCACGUUGUGACAUCUGUCAAAAGAAGAAAUAUCGCUAUGCCAAAGUGGAGCAGCCUUCUGAGUUUGGAGGGGAACAGUGCAAUUCCCAUGCCAGGGAGGAGGAGGCCUGUAAUGUUCCAGCCCGCUACACUUGUGACAGUGUUCCUCUCUGUGAGGGCUUCCUCUGCACCCAAACAGGUCGCUGUAUUCCUAGAACUCUGCAGUGUAACGGGGAGGAUGACUGUGGGGACAUGUCAGAUGAAAAUGGCUGCAGGAAGGUUCCCAAGCCCUGCAGGCAGGAGGCUGAGGAGUACUGGGGAAUCGAAAACCUUGCCAAAGGAAUAAACAUCUUGAACAGUAACCUGGAAGGACUGGUGCUUGAUAACAGAUACUAUGCAGGCAGCUGCCUGCCCCACUACAUCCAAGACGUCAGAUUCAGGAAGCCCUACAACUUACAACAGUACACCUUUCAGACGAGAGGCUCCUAUGAUUUUAGCCUGCAGGCUUUUGAAUCCUACUCUGACUACAUGGACUACACCAUGAAGGAGCGCACUAGCAAAACCGUUGUUUCCUUCGGUUUUGGCAUUCCAGGAAUUUUCGAGUUUGGCUUCAACUACAAUGAUAACAAAUACAGCAAGUCAGUUAAGAAACUUCGCAGUGCCUCUGGGAAGACAAACAGCUUUGUGAGGGCCAAGGCAGAGCUGGAGUUGGCCCAGUACAUGCUGAAGCCGGAUGAUUUAAUGCUACACCCCGAGUUUCUACGGCGCCUACGCGCCCUGCCACAGGCUUAUGAUUAUGGGGAAUACAGGCAGAUUUACAGGGACUAUGGCACCCACUAUGUCACCGAGGCUGCCCUCGGAGGAGACUAUGAGCACACCAUUAUUUUGGACAAAGAGAAGCUUGCAAAGACAGAAUAUUCUUUAGAAGACUACAAGAACUGCGUACAGGCAGGUUUAAAGGUUGGCGCAAACAUAUAUGGUGUCUAUGUAUCAGGGGGGUUUCACGGGGGAUCCUGUGAUGGCCUGCUGAACGAGAUGGGAGAGGAGAAAGGGACUGACAGUGAGGUGGAAGACUUUGUUGCUAUCGUAAGAGGUGGAAGUAGCGAAUCCGUCUCUGCUUUGUUGUCCAAGAAGCUUCCCACCCCUGAACUAAUGAGGCUAUGGGGUGAAGGUGUGCGGUUCAACCCUGACUUCAUUCGCCAAACGACACGGCCACUCUAUGAGCUGGUGACCUCCAGAGACUUUUCCCAUCAUGCUAUCCUGAAAAGAAACCUGAAGAGAGCCCUGUCAGAGUACCUGGCAGAGGCUAGUCCGUGCCGGUGUGCUCCCUGUCGCAACAAUGGAGUGGCUGUUCUGAAAGGUACAAGGUGUGACUGUGUGUGUCCUGUUGGCUAUACUGGAAGAGCCUGUGAGAUCACUAACAGGAAAAAAGAAAUAGCCAUUGAUGGCAACUGGAGCUGCUGGGGUGCGUGGUCAUCCUGCAGCGGAGGGCAAAAGACAAGAAGUCGACAGUGCAACAACCCUCUACCCAGCAAUGGAGGCAUGGCAUGCACAGGACUGCAGCAAGAGUCUACUGCCUGCUUUUAAAAUCCCAUGUCAAAGAUGCCAUAAAGAUUUAUAAAAGAGAUGUUCAGUGUCUGGUACAUUUGUCUUGUAUUUGACUGUCCAGUGUGACAUGAUGAUUCUCCUUUACAAUGCUUCAUCUCCCUAUGCAAGUAUUAAAAAAAAUGUUAACCCCAA